GCGCGUUUGGCCAUAAUGCUACAGCUUACAAUUCAAUAACCUCAAAAUAAGAGUACUGUAGAAUCUUUCUUUUCUGUUGAGUAUACUUUUGUGUUUACGUUCGAAUAUUCCUCUUAAAUACUUGUUAAAACUAACAAAAAAUGGGUCGUGUCAGGACGAAGACUGUCAAGAAGGCUGCCCGUGUUAUUAUUGAGAAGUAUUACACAAGGUUGACAUUAGAUUUCCACACAAACAAGAGAAUAUGCGAGGAAAUCGCCAUCAUACCAACCAAACCCCUUCGGAACAAAAUUGCUGGAUUCGUUACACAUUUAAUGAAACGAUUAAGAACCAGUCAAGUUCGUGGUAUUUCUAUCAAAUUGCAAGAAGAAGAACGUGAAAGAAGAGAUAACUAUGUACCAGAAGUCUCUGCCCUUGAACAAGAUGUCAUUGAAGUAGAUACUGAAACCAAGGACAUGUUGAAAAUGCUGGAUUUCCAGAACAUCUCAGGAUUACAGCUUGUUCUCAGUUCUGGAACUCAGUAUCCUAAGAGGAAUUAAAAAUUGUAAUAUAACUCCUAUAACAUCGUGUUUCAGUAAUACAGUUUUUUUUUCCAUAAA